AUGAAUCGUUUAGCGCCACCGAAGGAUAGGAGGGGUUUCGACGUUGCGAUCAUAUGCGCGCUAGAUUUCGAGGCCCACGCUAUUGAAUAUAUAUUCGACAACUUCUGGAACGAACAGCCUGACGACCGUCAAUAUGGGAAACUGCCAGAGGACGAGAACACAUACAGAACUGGUGUCAUCAGCAAUCACAAUGUUGUUUUGACUUAUAUGCCUGGUAUGGGGAAAAGCUUUGCCGCAAGUGCCACAUCAAGCGUCCGAUUGAGUUUUCCUAAUAUAAGACUGGCUUUGGUUGUUGGAAUCUGUGGAGGAGUACCGUCGCCCUUUUCGAAUGGAACGAACAAGAAGAUAUUUCUCGGCGACAUAGUCAUCAGCGACGAAAUUGUAGUCUAUGAUUAUGGAAAAAUGCUACCAACAGGAUUCAGUCAAAAGAAGCCAGAGACUGUUCCUGUCUCAAAUCGUGAGGUACGAACGUUCUUACACAAACUCAAAGGCCCGAGGGGCUAUAACCGUCUGAUUGAGAGAUCGCAUCACCAUCUUGCCGGUCUCCAAAAAGAGCGACCGGAAGAGUAUUUUCAUCCACCGAGACGGUUUGAUCGGCUAUUUGAGUCUUCUUACCAUCACAAACAUCGCAGAGCAUCAAAUUGCAAGUCGUGCAAGGAGAAAUCAUACUGUGAAACUGCACAUGAAGCUACCUGUGAAGUGCUUAAGUGCAGUUCGAAGAGACUGGUUGCCCGCUCACGAUCGACGACAGAAGGUAUUGAUGUUCAUUUUGGGCGAAUGGCUUCUGCGGACACGGUCAUGAAAUCUAGUAUUAUCCGAGAUCGGAUCGCCGAGGAGGCGAACGUAAUCGCCUUUGAGAUGGAAAGCGCGGAAGUACAUGACAAUCUCCCUUGCAUCGUGGUCAAGGGUGUGUGUGACUAUGCUGAUAGUCACAAAGAUAAAAUUUGGCAGAAAUGUUCUGCUGGAGGUGCUGCGGCCUGUGUGAAGGCUCUACUGGAACAGUGGGCAUCCGUCAAUCAAGUGAAUUACGGGUACGAUCAACAAGAAAAUCAGUCGACGAUGCCCCCUGAACAACCCCGAUCCACUAAACCAAUAAUAAACACAGCAGUCGCUCCGAGUCCGCAAGAUUUUCAAAACGAAGAACUAUUCAAAGUCUUUGACAAGAUCAAACCAAGCUUCAAGGCUACUAUCAAAUCUUUAAGGGAACAGAAAAAGUCCCUGCCACGGGAUGUUGAUCUAAAACUUACGCUGAAAACUCAGCUUAAACUAUGCUCUGCUAUUAUAGCAAAACUUCAAAGCAUUCAAGAUAUCACGAAUCGUCUACCAACUUCCCUCAAAGCGGAGUCUGGAAAGCCCAGUGCCAUGGAUAAACUCAAGGAUUGUGUUCAAGAUCUGCGCUCAUUGGUUCAAAAUCUUGAAUCGUCCAUCUUCAAGCCAAAGAAAUACUCGGUUUUGGAGAAUCCUCUUCCUUCCACGGGCUCAUUGGAUAGCCAAAAAUUCCACCAUUUCCGUGUCGUACAGAAGGCCGCUCAUAGCCUCUAUGCAGCUUUCGAAACCGCAUGUAAUGCACACAGUGUGCAUGACGUAUAUCUCUCACUCCAGCCACAUCUCAACGGGGACUUAACUCGAGUAAGGUUUAAUAUAGCUUUUCAGAACCCGCAGGCGUCAGGACGUAUGGCAUGGAUUAAUGUGGAAUCAACCAUGAAGUCUGUCGAGUCAUUUAUUCCGACAAAUCCGCCACACGUGGUCGAGACGCCCUUGAGGAAAAGAAGAAGAGAAAGAGAAAGCCAAUCGGCUGAAUAUCGUCAAAAACGUGUUCAUUUUCAGACUUCAAUCCAACCGAUUCAGUUUCAGCCCUCACAUAUCCCAGAAGGCCCUGCUGGCAACAUUCCAAGCCUGCAUUUACAGCGGAACUUUUGCGUGGUGCUGGAAAGAUUUUUUCGAGAACCACUGGCAGAAUGCACCGGCUGUCUUGGCUUGUUAGGCAACAGUGAGAUCUGCAAACACUUGGCGUAUAUAAAUACAGAAGUCGGCCACCAAGCGCCAUCACUGUCUCUUUCUGAAUUUUUAGCAUCGUCUAAAGCCGAUUCGACUGGGGAAAUUGGUCUUUAUGAACAGAUUCGACUGGCCAGAUACCUCGCUACUGCCGUCUUAUACUACCAUGCCACUCCAUGGCUUCGCCAAGCAUGGCGCGGCGACAGUGUCCGAUUCUUUGGAGAUCAUUCAAGUCUUUAUCAACAACGACCCGUCUUAUCAUACAUGACCACUUCGAUUCGAGCAUCAAACAAUUCUUCAAAGUCACAGUCUGAACCGGAAACUGCAGAAAGUUACGACUUCAUUCGCAAUCCAGUUCUCUUCGGACUUGGAAUAAUGCUCCUUGAAAUCGCAUUCGAAGCUCCGCUAAGAACUCUUCAGCAAACAGUGGAUCUGGAAAAAGGAGGCAUCCCUGGAUUCGCGGAUUAUUUCACUGCACAGAGGUUAGUGGAUUUGGCUGGUCGAACGACGACCAAAGACUUCAGAGAUAUAAUCAAGAAAUGCCUGUAUUGCGACUUUGGCCAUGAUAAUGACUUCAAAAGUCCCGCCCUCCAAGAAGCAUUCUACUGGGGGGUGAUUACAGAGCUUGAGAGUUUGGAAAAGCUCUUCCAAAAGCUGCAGAUUGAUGAUUGA